AUGGUAGAAUUUUUAGCCUUUUUAGAAAAACGUGCUAUGGCGUUGGAGGAUACUAUCCCCGUAAAAGGGCAACCAUGUGAAUAUAAACCUAAACCUGCAGUGCGGGUCAGUAAUAUAUCAGCACAUUCCAAUGCACCUAUUGUAACAAAGCUGAUUUUUAAUUGCCCCAAAUUUAAAAUGGUCCCUAUAGAGACACGUUUGACCUUUGUAAAUGGUUCUCAAAUCGUUCUUGCCUGGAUACAGUCAGGUACAGUCAAGUCCAAUGCUUACGUCAAUAAUAGAGUUCAGAAAAUUGUUAAACUCACUGAUAAAUCUUCAUGGUCAUUUUUCAACAAUGCUUCUAAGAAACAGAUAAUUAAAGAUGCAACUUUAACUCCUAAGGAGUUAGAGGCUGCUUUGUUGAUUGUUGUCCGCUUAGUGCAAGGAGAACAUUUCUGUCAUGACAUAUCCUCUAUUGUUAAGGGCAACAAAUUAAAGUCUGGUAUUGCUAGUCUGAAUCCUUUUGUAGACGCACAAGGCGUCCUUCGCGUGGGUGAUGAACAUAAUUUGAUUGAUCACAAUUAUUCUUUACCACCAACUGCCUUAGAAGAUUCUUCUGAUGCCACUAAUAGAACAAUUAUUAUUGCUGAGGACUACAAGAAUGAUCACAAUUAUUCAUUAAAAUAUGAUGUGGAACCAUCAACUAGUUCGAUGAUUGCUGCUGAACACCAUGAAAAUGAUGAUAAUCUAAAAAAUGAUGGGGAAUCAUCAACCAGUCCAAAAGUUAUGGAUUUGACUCGCAUGGUAGAGAAACCACAAAUAGAAAAAGCACCAGAAAGGUCUCUUUUGAAACGAAGAGAAUAUGAGCGAACCGAUAAUGAACUUGAAAUUAAAUUGAACUGCACACAAGAAAAUGAUGACAAGUCUAAUGAGUUACUUGAUGAACCAGGAACUAUAUCACCUGAUCCUAAUGAAACCAUGGUGACUGAUGGACAACUUUCAGAAGAGUAUGAAUCGGAGUAUAUACCAAGUGACGACAGUGACAGUUCAGUGGAGUCAAUUGUUAAGUCAGGGUUAAUACCACUAGCGAUAGUAUGUGACCAAGGCUCAACGUUUGGAACAGCUAUAAAUAUGCUGAAGACAGAUACUGACCGCAAAAGAAAUUUAAAUGGGGAACAUAAUGAUGGAACUCUUGAGAUAGCAGGCCAACAAUUAAGUGUGGUGUAUGAUCCACCACAUCUACUUAAGGGCCUUAGAAAUAACCUGCUUACAAAAGAUAUGGUUUUCAAAGGCAAGGUUGCUUCUUGGGAAGAUAUCUUAACAGUAUUCAAUGCUGAUUGUCAACUAGGCCACACAAGAAUGAACAAAAAACUAACUGAGCACCAUCUUUAUUCCAAAAAAAUGAAUGAAGGUUAG